AUUGAUUAAUCUUUAAAAAAAACUGGAAUUGCUUGAAUGAAGAUGUUGCUUAAAUGGUCAAGCUUAUCAACACUAUGAAGUAAACACUUCCUUUCUCCUCUGAGAAAUUCAAGCUGAACAAGUUUCAAGUAAUUUCAUUCUGCUUGAUCAUUAAUGUGUAGUGGAAAUAACACAUAGCUGUUUUUCAAGAUCGAAUGAGCACUUCUAAUUGGACUGGUUUUCAUGUGUUAAAAUGAUCUGCAAAAGGAGUAACUUAAAUUUUAAGUUUAUUUUGCUUUACUUUAUGCUGCUUAUCAAUUAAUUGUUGAGAAAACAAAAAUUAAAUCAUAACAUGGUGUCUAUUUAAUUCUUUGCCUUUGGUUGUCCCUGCAAAAUAUCUUUGGUAUGCUAUCCUUACAACGGCUGUUCAUCGACCAAUCAGCGACAAGCAUCAGUUUGAAAACUUGGUAAACUUUGUUACAAAGCCAUCUUUUUUGUUAUUUAUUUUAUUUAUUUACCUUUUUUUAAUUAUGUAUUAAAUUAGUCAAAUUAGUACUUAAUAUUCUCUUAAUUCUCCUGUGCCAUCAAUUAUUAUAAACAUCUAUGUAUAAAAGCCAAAAUAAACUGUCAAAUGGGAUUGAAAUGACGGAUGGGCCCUUCAAAGCAACUAAGCUGUGGAACCAGAUAAUCUAUGAUUUUAGUACAGGUAUCAGCUUAAAAAGACACCGUCGUCACUUGAAAGCCUAUGAAAAUUGUUUUGUGGCCUGUAAAGCUGUUGACUGGCUAUAUGAUUAUUUGGCAGUCCAUAAAAAAAGUGAAAAUAAAGAGAUUUCGAGACAGCAAGCGAUUCAAUUGUUGGAUAAGUUUUUAACUUACGAUAUUAUUGAGAAAGUUGCUUGCAAGAAUACAAGUUGUGCGAAAUUCAAGGACAACAAGGAUCUAUAUCGUUUAAAGAAUGAAAACAUACCUUAUCCACAUUUAGAAAAUAGCCGUGAUAAUGAUGAAGAUGUUCCCUACCGAGAAGAAAAAGUUCUGGAAAAACAAUGGAGCCAGUCGACGACUCAGAGUAUUGAUAAUAGUGCCAGAUUAACUCCAACAAAGAAGAUAUCUUCUUCAUUUGAUGCAAACUCAGCUCAGAUCUGGAAAAAUGUCAUUCUUCAGCACCUUAACAUGAUGCAACCAUUGGUCAACUCUCUUCUUGAUGCUAGAGAUAUAAAUUCCAGCUAUGCUGCCACAAAUGUGACAAAUCUGAAUAAGAAUGGUGUCGUAUUGAUUGAGGACAAAUCAAAAGAUAUUCCUCAUUGGGUCAUGUCUGCAAUGAAAUGUCUUGCGAAUUGGCCAAAUAACUCUGGAAAUUCACUACCCCGUUAUCCUGGUUUUGAACGCGACGUUUUCAAUCUUAUUAGAGAGUAUUUUGUCAACCUUGAUUCUCCAAUGAUUCCAUCAAAUUUCUACCCAUUGAUUGUUUCCGUGGUCAAAGAAACUGAUCUUAAGAAUAUAAGUCAGAAGAAUAGCCAACUUUAUGCAAAAAUAGGCUUGAAAGACCGUGAAUUUACUUAUGAUACAAACACUUCAACUCCUCUCGCCAGUAAAAUCAGUGAAAUUAGACGUAAUGGUGCUCAAAUGAAAGUGAAAAAAGAUGAUCCAGUCUUUGAAACUGUCUUUCUUACUCAAAGUCCAAUGACAAGAAUUUUGUCUCAUGAUGCCUUGACUUCAAUAUUUUCUUCUAUCGCAUCCUCUGACGGAUCAUUAGAUGGUUCUUCUUCUCCACAGAGUAUUGACGCUUUCAACUCAUACCGUAGACCAAUAGAAGCUAGUAAUUUACAACAUCUUGCUACUUUACCUCGCAAUUUGAGGAAACAACGAUUAGAAGGGUUGAAAAAGUUCAAGCUAGAGAAAGAGCAAAAUAAGAGCUCUUUAUGCUUAAUGAAUUUCGGUUGCAUUCUGCAAAGCCCAUGUGAAGAGGGUGAAUAUAUGAUGGAUAAAAGUGUAACCAACCUGAGAAAUUUCUAUUUUUCAAGUAAGCAUUCACCUGAACCAGCAUAUUCUAAUUUUAUUUUUAGAGAUAAAGAUUCUAAUACGAAUGCUUCAACAGAAGGAGAAGAAAGAGUUGUGAAUAUACUAAAUCUAGUUCUUCUACUCAUACCACCUGAAAAUCGGCGACACUUACACCUUCUUUUAAGAUUGCUUUCAAGAAUUUUAAAGAAUAGUGAGCUCAAAUUUCACUGUAAUCAUUCAGUGAGUAUGGAAUAUUAUAUCAUUGAGACUUUUACUAGAUGUAUCAUUCAUUCUGGCAACGAGAAAACUUACAACGAACGAGCUGCUCAAUUAUUGGUGUCAGUUAUGUUGAAAAAUACUGAAAAAAUAUUCAAUAUUCCUUCUUAUGUAAAAUACAAAGUGAACAGUAUAAUAAAUUAUUAGUUUGUUUUCAUUCCCAUCUUGGAUGAAAAAACGAUUUGAAGGAUUUUGUAAGCUAAAAAUUAAAUUCCUGAAUUUCAUUCAAUUUAGGACAAUUCAUCUUUUAAACAAAAUUUCCAACCAUUAAAGAACUUUUUUGAGUCA